GGGCUGGAUUGCUGCAGCUGCUGCCUGGACUUGGCCAACCGGAGCGGGCUGGAGGAGGGGGCUGGGGGUGAGAACAACAACCUGGGCAGCCCCACCGUGAACAGCUUCCGGCAGCUGCAGGAGCAGCUGGUUCGCAAGAACCUCAACACCGACAAGCUGAGCUCCAUCAUGCGCCAGGACUCUCUGGAGCCCGUCGUGCGGGACCCCUGCUACCUCUUCAACCAGGGCAUCUGCAACAGGAACAUCGACCAGACCCUGCUCUCAAUCCUCCUACUCUUCCACAGCGCCUCUGGAGCCAGCGUGGUGGCUAUCGAUAACAAGAUCGAGCAGGCAAUGGAUCUUGUGAAAAAUCACCUGAUGUAUGCAGUGCGGGAGGAAGUGGAGGUCCUGAAAGAGCAGAUCAAAGAACUGUUGGAGAAAAACUCCCAGCUGGAGCGAGAAAAUAGCCUUCUGAAAACCCUUGCUAGCCCUGAGCAGCUGGAGAAAUUCCAAUCCCGGCUCCCCACAGAGGUGCUGUGCCCAGAGGAGCAGAGCCCGGGGGCGCCGGCCCCAGCUCAGCAUGCUGGGGGCUCUGCGGUAUAAGGUGGCUCUGUCCUUGGGGUGGGCAGAGCCACAGAACUCUUUCUACUUAAUCUCCCGCAAAGUUGUUUCCGCCUCAUCUCAUGGAGGACUGCCAAAUCCUAGCACUAGCAGUAGUGCUGAGAGGUGCCCCCCAGGCAACCCCGUCCAGACAGUAGAGCCAGCUGCUGUUUCCUGCACGAAGAUGCUCUUCUGCGAGGGAGAUGCGGGGCUGCACCAACAGCUGACCUCCCCCCGUCCGAUCUCCCCCUGUGUGCUGGGAGUAAAUCUGUGGCCUGGUUGACCUGCCCUUCCUGGGCUCUGCUGAAACCUGGGAGUCUGCGACACACCUGCGGCAGUGCCAGGUGGCCUUUGGCACACGUAUGGGAAUACAAGGUUGGAAAAAGCGCACGCCAAGUCCCGUGCCUUUGCUGCACUGUGCAGUGGGGGGUCUCCUUCUGGCAAAGACGGACCUUGGAGGAAGACAGUUGUUCAGAGAGAGAUACAGAUUUGUCCCUCUAACCACCCAGGAGCAUGCUGGAACCAAAACCUGACUUUAAGCAGCACCGGUGUUGGCAGUUGUGGUAUAGUGCAUGGCUGUACACACAUCAGUGUGGGGAUUACAAGGAAAAGCUUGUUUUAUUAGUUCAGGUAUCUUCUGUAGACAUAUCUAUAUAUAAACACACGUGAGUACAGGUGAGCAGUGCCCACAAGGCUGUGGGAUGCCACGUGGCCCUGCUCUGGGGCAGAUGCGCCCAUUUCUGUACAGUUGGGGGAUUCAAGUCAAGACUGGAAUGGCAAGUGACUGUAAUGGGGUGGACAGUGCUGCAAGACUGCUCCCUGGCUGAAGGAGGGAAGGAUUUGCUCCUUCUCCUGUGCCAACUGACAUGGGAGCCACGGGGCAGCUACAGCAGUGGAAGCAUCUGAACUGAACACUAGGCAGAGGCAACAGUGGCUGCGGGGUGUGCUCCAGCCCACGGGGCUUGGAGGGAGGGAGCGUGCGACUCUGGGCUCUGUGCCUCCCCCAGCCAGCUCUCUGGGAAUUGACGGGACGUCCGCUUUGACGUCAGACUGUCAGAGCAGUGACACGGUUGUGUAAAUCUAGGUAGAAAUGGCAAUAAACUCUACUUUUUUAUACA